AUGCUGGUCUACAUCCGACAAUCCGACCAGGAGAAGAUCCUUUGCAGCAACGAUGUGAAUGGCAUCGCUCAACCAUUGCAAGUCAUCUUUUACACUUUGUCCGUGUUGUGCCUUGGAUGGACUUUGCUUCUAUUUCCUGCUCGCUUUGGUGCGCUUCAGCAUACUAGUUUGGAUUUCCCAUGCACGCCUUGGCUGUCUGCUUCCCCAUUGGCACAGGAUCGGUUGAAGCGGAAGAGGGAGGAGGAGGAUCAGCUCACAGAGGUCAAGGUGGCACGGGAUGAGGACCUACGGCAGCAGAUUGGAGGAAACGUCUAUCUUAAUCUUGUGGACCAUGCUCUAGUCAGGAGCUUUCGGGUGAAGAAGCAGAUGCGGUUUCCGGAAUUCAAGGCAGAUGUGGAGAAAGAGAUGGGAAUUCCGGUUGCCAGGCAGCGGUUCUGGGUGUGGGGCAAGAGGUGGAGCGAAAUGUAUCGUCUGAACCAACACUUGAGUGCAGAGGAGGAGGAGAUGACGGUGAGUAGGGAAGAUGGGGACACAUGGAAGGUAAGGACGCAGGAUGACAUUGUGGUCUUUGUCAAGCUCUACGAUCCGAUGCACAGCACCAUUAGGUAUGCAGGCCACCUCAUUGUGAAGCCCACCAACAAGCCUGCGGAUGUGCUCAAGAGGAUCAAAGAGUUUUGCCCUUUCUACCCCCUGCCUCAUUCUUGUGCUCUCCCUUUCUUCUUCCUCAUUCAUUUGCCAUAUAUCCGCUCGUCCUCGUCUCCUUUCCCUCUACCCGAGAGGAACUUUGGCACGGAUGUGGAGUGUGAUCCUAUCGACAAUACAACCAACUUCAAGGACAUGCAGUUGGAGGCAGGCGCCAUUCUGUGCGUGCAGAAGGCACUCACCGCAGCACAGAAAAGAAUAGUGAAGCACCCGGACGUGCCCUCGUUCCUCGAGUUCGUGCAGACCCAGCAGGUGGUGCACUUCCGACGCUUGGAAAAGCCCAGAGACGAUGCGUUCUGCUUGCUGCUGUAA